AUGAGUUUUUCAAUUUCUGAAAGCAUUUUAGGAAGUUACCGAGAUUAUCAAAAAAGAGAUUUUACAAAAGAAGAAAUUCUGUUGGAAGCUCAAUCACAACUUGAACCAUUGUGGAAGGCUUUUGGCGACCUUCGAAAAGAAAAUUAUGAGCUUUCAAUAAAAGUUCAACACUUAGAAACAGAAAAAGAUGCUCAAAAUACCAAGUUUCAAAACAUUAUUGAUAAUCUUCGGGCGGAGAUCGGACUCAUGACGUCAUCAAGUGGAACUGAUAGCAUAGCGGACCGAAAAUUGGAAGAAAAGACCGAGAGGGAGGAGCCGAAUCAAAGAGCACCGACAAUAGUGUUCAGCGAUAUUUCUGAUAAGACACCGUCUGGUUUUGCUCCUCCUAGCUUUUUAAGAAAAGAAGGGAUCAAUAGACAAGAUGUUUCCGAAGAAGAAAUAUCGACGCUUAUCGACAAUAAAAUCAACCCACUAUGGAAUGCUCAGCAAACCGCUCUAAAACAACGAUCAGAGAUUCAAUCAAAAGUUGAAGAACUCGAUAAAUGGGUCAAAAACACAGUCAAUGAGUUUGAGACGAAGGAAUUGAAUAACAUGCAAUUGCAAGAUGAAUCUGAGCUUAUGCGGGAAACCAACGCUCAACUCCAAGAGCAAAAUGAAAGAUACUUGGCGGAAAUCGAAUCACUCAGAAAUCAGCUUGAAUCUUUACGUCGGGCUCAAAGUUGA